AUGGAUCUGAGUGGGAACAUGGAUAAGCAGUCAGUGGAGAUUUCUGAAGAGAUCAACAAGAAGAAACAACAUACAAGAGAAACUGAAACACUUCUCAGCAGACUUCACCUUCAAGACAAACACCAACAGAAGUUGUCAUCAGCAGAUUUUCUUAAAGUAGGUCCACCUGUGAAACAGGACCAAGAUAUAUCUGAGAAAGAUCUCGCUCAUACUUUUCUUAAGAUGUUGAUGUCAUUAGACUACAGAGCCAGAUUUAUUCCAGUUAGACAGGACAGUCAGGAGCUGAGCCAAUCAAAACUUCAUCCAGAGUCUGACACUGUUGACACAGACGAAAGUGAUUUAGAUGAUUUUUACGAAACAACUGCAGCAUUUGAUCAAUCCAAAAUAACUCAUGUUCAUCCAAUGGAUGUUCAAAUGGCAGUGUUUCACUGCUCAGACAGCUUUUUAAAGCAGAACAUGAUAACAAAGCUCUCACAAUGUCAGUACGCCUUACCUUUGCUUGUUCCAGACCCAGUCACAAUGAACAUUGACUGUCCUCUGUGGACGUUCAGAAAAAUAACAAAAACAUGGAAGAAAGCUGAAAUCAAAGAAAAUUCAAACACUGUCACCAUGUCCAUCUGCAAAGCUGAGACAGCCAUGGUGUCAUUUCUCCGCCUGGGUUCACUGUCUAUGUCUAAAUCUCAGCUGAUGAACACUUUGAUCAACGACCGUCACAGCACCUUCUUCCACAGAAACUGCCCAGGUAGCACCAAGUCUCGGCAUUUGAUGGAUGGUGUGGCAGAGAUUGCCUGGUACUGUCCUGCUGGAAAACCCAAUGAUGCUUUCACUGACUGCAUUGCCUUCUGUAAUCUCCAUGGUGAUGCUCUAACAAUAGCAAAACAGCGUGACAUACUGACAGACAAAUCUUCAGUCAAUGUUGUUCUUGUACCAACUCUUCAGAAAGGUGACAAAAGUACUGCAGUUAUCUCUGCCCUUCUCAAGUCUCCAAAGCCUCUCAUUGUUCUCAUUGCUGAUAAUGAUUGUGGAGCAGUUCAGAUGAAAAAGGGAAAGUACAAAUUGGGUAUAAAGGACAGAAACCUGUCAGAAGUUUCUGAAGAACUGAAAAAAGUUAUUGGAAGAUUUUUGUCUGGACCACAUGAAUCCUUCCAGCUUGAAACCAUGGCUGAGGUCUCUGGAAUCACAGUGGAUGAAGAUGACGAAGUCUGCCGGAAUGGGAAAUCUGCUGCAAUGAAAGUAGUUAAUCUGCUUCAGGGAAUGGAUGUUUCAAAGAUCAAAGAUACAUGUCUCCCUUGUCAGGGCCAACUAUGGCAUGAGUGGUGCAAAAAAAACAAAGAACUGUAUCACCUCAAAGGACAUAUUGAGGAUGAGAAAUGUCAAAAGCAACAGGAACUGAAACAAAUUAGACAGAAACAAUGCACUGCUUCCUGCACUGAACUAAUGAAGUUGUUCACUGAAAACCUCUCAUCUUUACCAUCAACAGACAAAAAGUAUUUCCUGAAAUGGACUCAGAUCUUAAUAGAUGCUCUCUCCACAGAUGAUCUCUCAUUAAUUCGCCAAAUCUACCAUGAAAAGUGGUCUGAAGUCUUGGAAUUGAAGAAGAAGAAGCAUGACAAAACUGAUCUAAAGGAAAAGCAAAAAGAGCUUGAAAAGAUAUCAACAAAGCUACAGUCAGCAACUUUUGGCUUGGAGCACAUCUUUAGAGAAAUGGGACAGAUCUAUGAAGCCCAUGCAUCUCUGCAGAAACAAACAAAGAGGGAACAGACUGACUGGUCUAAAUACCCUGAGCUGGCUGCAGAACUGAUGAUAUCAGGACACCCAAUGGAGCUGAUGGAUGGUGAUGCAGGUCAUGUGCCUUUAACAUGGAUCUCUAGUCUAUUAGAUCAAGUCAUCAAGAAACUGGGCAACAAGACAAGAGUUUUUGUUUUGUCGGUAUUAGGCGUACAAAGCAGUGGGAAAUCAACAAUGCUCAAUGCCAUGUUUGGCUUACAGUUUGCAGUGAGUGCUGGCAGGUGCACCAAGGGGGCCUUCAUGCAGCUGGUCAAAGUGUCAGAGGAGAUCAAGAAAGACUUUCAGUUUGACUACAUUCUAGUGGUGGACACUGAAGGACUGCGGGCUCUUGAGUUGGCAGGUAACGACACUCUCCACCACGACAAUGAACUGGCAACAUUUGUUGUUGGUCUGGGAAACAUGACACUGAUCAACAUCUUUGGAGAGAAUCCAGCUGAGAUGCAAGAUGUUCUGCAGAUUGUUGUUCAGGCUUUCAUGAGGAUGAAGAAAGUUAAACUUUCUCCAAGUUGUGUGUUUGUUCAUCAGAAUGUUACAGAUAUUGCAGCUGCAGAAAAAAACAUGGAUGGAAAGAGACGGCUUCAAGAAAAACUGGACCAGAUGGCCCAACUAGCAGCCAAAGAGGAGGUUUGUGAUGCUGAGUGCUUCAGUGACGUCAUUGCAUUUGAUGUGCAGAAGGAUGUGAAAUACUUUGCUCAACUCUGGGAGGGAAGUCCACCUAUGGCUCCUCCAAAUCCAGGUUAUAGUGAGAGUGUCCAGGAGCUGAAGACCAUCGUCCUCUCUAAAGCUUCACAGUCUGCUGGGAUCACUCUCUCACAGUUCAAAAGCAAAAUUCAGGACCUGUGGAAUGCCCUGUUGAAUGAAAACUUUGUUUUCAGUUUCAAAAACACACUUGAAAUUGCAGUGUACAGAAAACUUGAGGUCCAGUACGGUAACUGGACCUGGGCCCUGCGGAGCAACAUGUUGACCAUUGAGAACCAGCUUUAUACCAGAAUUGAAAAUGGAAAACUUGACAAGGUCGAGCUUAAUUAUCUUCAAAAAGAAAUGAACAAAACCUAUGAAGAAAUCAGAAAAGCAUUGACAGCAUACUUUGAUGAUGACAGAGACAAAGAAAUGUUGGUUCAGUGGCGAGGACGAUUUGAAAGUAAAAUCAAGGAAUUUCUUGAUGAAGAAUUGAGAGGAGUUAAACGAAAACUGGAUGAAGUCAUCGAGCAGAAGAAUGCUUGUAAAAAGCUAGAUGAUAAGAAGACAGAGUUUGAGAACAAGCUGCUACAAAAGAGCAAAGAGCUCGCUCAUCAGCUAAAAGACAAGGCAAAAGAUGAAGAGGAACUUAAAAAGCAGUUCAACUCUGUCUGGAGUGGCUUGGUCCAUGAACUAACUGCAGAUAUAAAACCCAUUGAGGAUAUCAACUAUGAAGAAGAUCAGACAACUAUCCUUCAGGAACCUGACUCUAAAACUUCUCUCAUCACUGAAUCCAAAAGCAGUGGAAGAUACAAAGAAUUAUCAAAGGUUGGUGAUUAUUCUGAAUAUGUAUGUCCUACCAAGUUCCGAGAUAUAUUCAACACGGGCAAAAAGGAUAUAUGUUCAAAAGCACGACAUUACCUUCGUGGUUUGAAGAAUGAAGAUCAGCAACUUAUCAGAUCCUUCAUCAGUGAUGUUGAAAAACAGUCACUUGAUGCAAUAAAGAGCAAACCUGUUGCUACAAGAGGGUACAGAUUAACUUACUUGCAAGAAGUGGCCAACAAAGUCAAAGAAAAGGUGACAGAGUUUGAAUCAAAGAGCACAUUUUCUCUGCAGAAGGAGUUCACAGUUGAUCUCUUACUGUACGUGUUUCACAGAGCAGAGAGUUGGCUUUUAGAGUCCCACAAGAAAUUCAAAAGGAACAACGAUGCACUCGCCUAUGUACAAAGCAAAAAAAUGCAAUACUACAACAUUUUCAAAAGCUUCUGCAAAGGAAGCUCGUCUGCUGUUGUUCUUGGAGAACUGAUCUGUGAGAAACUGAAGAGUUCAACUGUUGAGGCCGUCUGUAACAAGACUGCCAUUGAUCUCGCUGGAGAGAUGAAGUGCAACAUCCCAGCAUUCAACGGGAACAGGCUGAACUUGGAGAAACAUUUGUUGAAGUCACUGGCAGAGAAAGAGGACUUUGAUGGUUUUAUCACCUACAUCCAUGACCCAAGAAACCAAGCAGAGUCUUUUAUAAGCAAGGAAGUACAGAAAUACAUCUUCACAGAUAACAGAGAUAAAGCAAUGAAUAUACUCAAGAAAAAUGUUGAAGACAUCAGAAAACUUGUGAGUCAGGCUUUAUUUGAUGCAACAGAGAAAGUCAAAGAACAGAGAGGAGACUCAGACAUGUGGAUGGAGGAAUUUUCCAGUUUGCUAGAAGCUAAGCUAACAUUUGACACCAUCUGUUGUGAAAACUUCAGUGACAUAAACAACUUUGACUUUCUUAAAGAAGAGACAGAAAAAGGCCUUGAAUCUGUUAUGGAGGAAGUCAGCAACCACUCAUUGGAUAAAAUGGAGGAAUUCAGGAUGAAGCCUGAUGAAAUCCUCAUCGAUCAGCUGUGUAACUGCUGCUGGGUAAAGUGUCCAUUCUGUUCAGCUGUUUGUACCAACACACUGGAAGAUCACAGUCCUGACAAACACAACGUCCCUUUUCAUCGCCCCUCUGGGAUUAAGGGAUGGCACUAUAGAGCGACAAAGGACCUGGUCGUUGAUUUCUGCACAACAUUAGUUGCCAGUGAUAUAAGUUUCCGCCCCAAUCAAUCAGAUGAGUCCUUUCCUUAUAAACAGUAUCAAAGUGCUGGGGGAGUGUAUGCUACAUGGGAGAUUACUCCUGAUGCAUCUAAGAUGACAUACUGGAAAUGGUUUGUAUGUCGAUUUCAAAAGGAACUGGAAGACCACUAUAAAAAAAAAUUCCAAGACAGAGGAGAAAUUCCCAGUGAGUGGAGAAACCACAGUAAACAAGAUGCUAUUGAAAGUCUGGAUGACAUGUACAAUCUGUGAGUGAUUCACAAACAAACAAGCUCUCCUCAAAGUAACAAAGGCCAAAGUUUCUUCAUGUGACUGAAGUAGUGAAGAGAGAGAAAAUACAUUAACAAUGAUGAGGAUUAAUCAUUUCUAGAAUGAGUAUAAAGUAGCUGCUUUUAAUAUAAAUAUGUAACGUUUUGCAGUAUGACAUUGAGUUGAAGGGACUCAAGAAAAAUCCUGUUAAACAAGGAGAAUGCAAGGCAUGUAUAAUUAUAAAUUGCAUGUUCUCUGCCAUUAAAGAAUGAGGAGAAAUUAUGAGACAUCAGAAAUAGUUCUAGGUUUUUUGUCUAACUAAAAUGUGUAUUUUGUUUUUGUUGUUUCUUAAUUUUUAUGGAAUUUCGUACGUGAAUGUUUAAAGGGAAACUUAUUUAAAAAGUAAUAAAGAAGGAGUUUCUUAUUUGUCGAAUACUAUGGUCGUAUUUUUAUUUUUCAUUUGUAAUAAAAGCAUGGGACAUUUUAGUGUUGUUUAAAGCUUAAGAGCAAAGGGUUAAGAUGUUAAGCUGACACAUGUCAGAUCUAUACAAUUUAUUUCAUUUGAAACAAGACAUGGCACCUUUAAUUGGUUGAGAUUUUUUUCUUUUUUCUUUUUACACAAUCUAGAUCUCAUUAAAAUCAUUAAAAAAGGAUUUUCUUAAGUGUUACAUAAAUAUG